CAGCGUGCUAUUAUUAUGUAUGUACUUCCUCCACCUUGAAGCAUCAUCGUUCGGCAGCAAAACACCUUGUUAUAUUCCUUCUUCUUCUCCUCCUCCUCUUUCUCCUCCUCCCCACAGCCAAACCUCCGCUUACACCAAAGCGCCCUGGAUCACCACUGCAUCACAAAAAACCCCCCCAUGAACACGGGAUGACAAUUGCCAGGGGGAGAAAACAAGAGCGCCAACUACUACCGUCCCUUUGGAAAGGACUUCUUUUAGACAAGCAUCCCCCCCCAAAAAAAAACAGCGGCAAUAGCCGUCCCUUGAUAGAGGCACCGAAAACAGUAAGACAGGAUUGGAGAUCUAAAGGGCGGUAGCGGGACGAUCCCCC